AUGGCGGGGCACAAAGUGCAGACCUGUCCGCUCUGGGAGGCUCUGGGAGAGUGCUGGAGCGCUGGGCCACAGAGCCAGAUGGGGAUCGCGCCGGGCCCCCUACUGGAGGUGACAGCGCGGAAGGCGGGGCGGCCAGAGCGUUAUCGCCCGGGGCCAGCGCGAGUCGCUGCAGGCAGGCAGACGGUAGCUGUGCACACGCCCAGCCGCUCGCUCUGGGCGGCGAUCCCGGUUGUGUCGCCUCCUGCCUGCGGAGGGCAGCCUCCCUGUGGGCGCGUCCGACCUGGGCUAAGGGGAGGAGCCUUGGGGGUCUGUGCUCUCGGGUUGUCCAGGCGGAGGCGCAGAGGUCGGGUGGAGGUGCUGGUUCGGCGCCAUGCGCGGUCCCUCCUCCUGGCCGCUGCGGUUCCUUUCGGCCGUCUCCGCGAGGUCUCCGGCUGCAGCCGGUGCCACCAGGCCCUGGAGACAACCGGUGGGCCUGGGGCCCGUUCGGCCGUGGGGUGCGGGGCUGGCACUCUCCGGGGGUCUCGGAACCGCGUGCCUGCAGUGCUGGGGGAGCGCCCGAUUAGGCGGCGGUCGGAGUUUAAGCUGUUGUGUCCCCGGGCCGCCUGUAACCGUGCCAGGGCCGUCAUGCGUCCCCAGGCACUCAGGUCGGGGCGGCGUGGGUCAGUGGCGCCAGCAGCAGUGGCAGCUGCCGGAGACCGCCCCGGGCUGCAGCACUCAGUGGCCGGGCGAUCGGACGCGAAGAAACUUCUGGGUUUGGCGUACCCUGAGCGCGGAAGGCUGACAGUGGCUGUUGGGUUUUUGACUGUGUCCAGUGUAAUCACCAUGUCCGCCCCUUUCUUCCUGGGGAAAAUCAUCGAUGUCAUUUAUACAGACCCCACUGGGGACUACACCAGCCACCUGACCAGCCUCUGCCUUAUAUUCAGUGGCGUGUUUGUGUGUGGAGCUGCUGCUAAUGCCAUCCGUGUCUACCUCAUGCAGACCGCAGGUCAGCGCAUUGUGAAUCGGUUGAGAACUUCAUUAUUCUCCUCUGUUCUGAGGCAAGAAGUUGCUUUCUUUGACAAGACCCGAACAGGUGAAUUGAUAAAUCGCCUCUCCUCAGACACUGCUCUCCUGGGGCGUUCAGUGACUGAAAACCUUUCAGAUGGACUCCGGGCUGGGGCCCAGGCUUCUGUUGGCAUCGGCAUGAUGUUUUUUGUGUCGCCUAAUCUGGCCACUUUUGUUUUGAGUGUUGUGCCUCCAAUGUCCAUCCUUGCUGUUAUUUAUGGACGAUAUCUACGGAAACUGACCAAAGUCACACAGGAUUCCCUGGCACAAGCCACUCAGCUAGCUGAAGAACGUAUCGGAAACAUAAGAACCGUUCGAGCUUUUAGCAAAGAAAUGACUGAAAUUGAGAAAUACACCAGUCAAGUGGAUCAUGUGAUGCAGCUGGCAAGGAGGGAGGCAUUUGCUCGGGCUGGUUUCUUUGGAGCAGUGGGGCUCUCUGGAAACCUGAUUGUGCUCUCUGUCCUCUACAAAGGAGGGCUGCUGAUGGGCAGUGCCCACAUGACCGUGGGUGAACUCUCGUCCUUCCUCAUGUAUGCUUUCUGGGUUGGAUUAAGCAUUGGAGGCCUGAGCUCUUUCUAUUCUGAGCUGAUGAAAGGACUGGGUGCUGGAGGGCGCCUCUGGGAGCUCCUUGAGAGAAAGCCUGUGCUCCCUUUUAAUGAGGGGAUCAGUUUAAAUGAGAAAGACUUCCAGGGCACUUUGGAAUUUAAGAAAGUACAGUUUGCCUAUCCAGCCCGGCCCGAAGUGCCCAUAUUCCAGGAUUUCAGUCUCUUGAUCCCAUCAGGCUCUGUGACUGCACUCGUUGGCUCAAGUGGCUCUGGUAAAUCAACUGUGGUCUCGCUCCUGCUGAGGCUUUACGACCCCAUUUCAGGACAUAUCAGUCUUGAUGGUUGUGACAUCCGUCAGUUAAAUCCCGUCUGGCUGAGAUCCAAGAUAGGCACCGUGAGCCAGGAACCAAUCUUGUUUUCUUGUACUAUUGCUGAGAAUAUUGCUUAUGGAGCAGACGACCCUUCCCUGGUGACUGCUGAGCAAAUAGAGAAAGCCGCCGAUGUGGCUAACGCGGCCACCUUCAUCAGGAAUUUCCCCGAAGGUUUCAACACUGUGGUUGGAGAAAAAGGUGUUCUUCUGUCAGGUGGGCAGAAGCAGCGGAUUGCAAUUGCACGUGCUUUGCUGAAGAAUCCUAAAAUUCUUCUCCUAGAUGAAGCAACCAGUGCACUGGAUGCUGAAAAUGAACACCUUGUGCAAGAAGCCCUGGACCGGCUGAUGAAAGGAAGAACAGUGUUAAUUAUCGCCCAUCGCCUGUCCACUAUUAAGAAUGCUAAUAUGGUUGCUGUGCUUCACCGAGGACAAGUUACUGAAUGUGGGAAACAUGAAGAACUCCUCUCAAAACCGGACGGGAUAUACAGGAGAUUAAUGAACAAACAGAAUUUUAUGUCAGUGGAAGACAGGGACUCUGGCCGCAGUGGCUCAGGACGCUGGCAGCGAACCCUAACCCGCUGCCCCCGGAGGCUGCAGUUACACGACGCCGCAGCCCGAAAUUCACCAAAGGUCGCCGCCUCCCCCAGAUGCUGUCGCUACCACCAUCCCCGCUUAGCUUGUUGA